ACUACUUUUACACUCAACCCAGUGUAAAGAAGGAACGAUAACUCUAGUAGAGUACUUGGAACGAUAAACGAAAACGAAAGUACAUUUUUUCAUGGAUUGUGAAAUGAUUGUGUGACAUUUUAGAAUCAUGUCUGGCAGUAUGUGGAAGCAGAACCUAUCUUCAUGUUGUUUGUACGUUUAUGGUGAUGGACUGAAGACAAUCGACGCUGAAGAUUUAGCUAAUGUAGAUGGAGUCAGCACAGCGAUAUCUGUGCCCGAUCCUGCCGAUCCGAGGGGCGGAGAAAGAUUCCUGGUGCUGUUCAAAAACUUGACUGAGGUCAGACGGUGUGAGGAGAGAAGGAUCAUCACCUGUGGAGACACCGAGUUAAAGGUUGGACAAUGUAGUAACGCCUGUGAUAUUCCAGAUGACUGGGAAAAAUUUAUGGGAGUACCUUCCCAGCCACAACUACAAUAUCCGUCUAGUGAAGCUGGAGUACAUCAGAGCGAUACAUACUCUAAUGUCCCCACUAGACAGGAACAGGGGGAAGUCUACCAUAUGCCCCAGCUGGAUCCACAAAUGAACAGAGAUGCCAGUGGUCAUCAGAUGCCUGUACCCCUGGGACAACAGAUCCCCAUGAAUCCAGGCCAAUUUCCAUAUCCUUACAACAUGCAGAUGAUGCCGCCUUUUAUGUUCCCUCAAGAAGGAGCAACAGCACAAGAAAACCCGUUAGAAAGUGGAAAUUUUCAAACACCUCAACAACUCUGGAUGCAGCAGAUGCAAAUGCUCCUUAUGUAUCAAAGAAAAAUGCGAGAUCAGGCUGCCCCUCCCCCAUACACUGCAUCAGAGGGAAACUCUGGUCAGAGAAAUAUUUCAGAACCAGAAGCUAAACCCGAGUUAAGUGACACUGAACAGCAACAACUGAAUAGAGAACCAGCCAGUCAGGCUGUACCUGAACAACAUGGUGGUGAUCCACCAGAGGAAGAAACAGAGGUAGCCAUGAUAAAAGUGACGAACAUUCCACCGGACACGUCCGAGGAUUCUUUGCUAUUUUUCUUCGAGAAUCGGAGAAAAAGUGGAGGCGGGUCAAUAAAGGAGUUGGAGUAUGACCCAGAUACUCAGUCAGCUGUCAUCACGUUUGAAGAUCCUGAAGCUGUGAAGAGAGUUCUAGGGAAAAUGCCAAUUUUGUUUAGUGGAAAACAGAUUGGAGUGGAGGAAUUCCGACCGAACAUAAAAGAGGAAAGUACCGCUGAAGAGCCUGACAUGGAAUCGGAGAAUGUUUUAGAGGUUAGGGGCGUGUCUUCAUCAACAAGCUGCGACACAGUGGAAAUGUACUUUGAGAACACUCGUCGUUCAGGAGGGGGAGACAUAAAACAAAUACGCGAGGAAGACGGGACAUUUUACAUAAUAUUCGAGGAAGAAGGAGUGAUAGAAAAUGUACUGCACAAGAAACAUAAGAUUGAGGGAACAGUCAUUGAAGUGUGCCGAUAUGUUCCACCCCCUCCUCCAAAACCAGUUCCAAUGUACCCAAACAAAGUUUUCAUUAAAAACCUCAGUGACAAGACCACAAAGGACGGACUUGAGAACUUCCUGGAGGCAAAAACCAACAUAACGCCCAAUAGUAUUGAGUAUGGGGAACUGGAGGGAACUGCACUCAUCACAUUUGAUGAAAAUCUAGAUUUUGAGAAACUGCAGCUAGCUUGUAAAAAGAGAAGUUUAGACAAAUCUCAUCUGGAGGUGUUUCCAGUUCCGGUAACGAACUGUGUGAUUGUUCGUAACGUCUCGGAGAAGACGUCUCGAGACACGCUGGAAUUUUACUUUGAUAAUGAGAAAAGAAGUGGGGUCACAGGGGUUUUGGAUGUCAAAAUGUGUGAUGGAUUCUGUUUGGUUUAUUUUGAGGAGCCAGAAGCUGUGGAAGUGGUGUGUGCCAAAUCUCACAGAGUCGAUGGUCAAGACCUUGAAGUAAAGAUAUAUUAUGAAUGCCUGGGGCAGGUGGAAAGUGAUGAAGAGGGACCAUUCCAGCCUCCAGGACUACUGGAGAUUACAGACCUGGAUACCAAGAAGUUACAGUUUCUGAUGAAGUCCCCUCCAAAUCAGGAGGCUGUACAGAAGCAGCUGGAGGCUGUAUAUGGGAAGCCAGUGUGGCCAAAAAAGUCCAAAGUUAAUUCUCUCAGUAUAGAAUGCACCUUGACUGCAGAAACCAAAGACUGCAGGAAAAUUGGCAGAACAUGGGAGGCUAAAGUGAAGGAAAAUAUGAACAAGUUCUUGGAUCUUCUGCUUGUGAUCAAACACACCACUUUGAAAGAAGCUUUCCCUUUAGUUCUUAAUGAAUUGAAGUCUCUCACUAUCAGUAAUCCAGAUGCAGUGGCUGUUGUCCUGGAGAAAAGCAAUCAUGAAAUUUACGUGACAGGGCACAAACAGGCGUCAACAGAAGUGUCCAAACAGAUUAGUGAUAUCAUCCAGAAGGUUGAUGAAGAGUUGGAUAGGAAGAAACAGCAGAUACACGAGGAAAAACAAUUGAAGCGACACCAAGUGUUGAUACUGCAGUUUUGCAAGUUUGAGCAAGAUAUGCAGAAAAAAUACAAGGACAUUUCUCUGAAAUAUGACCUUGGGAAAAACUGUGUGAAGUUUGAAGGACUGAGUGGAGAAGUCACUCUAGCCAUUCUUGAAAUGUUUGAAUUUGUAGCUAAAGUCGUCAAAACUGAGAUUGGGCCAUUUUCUAAGCUUCUUCAGAAUUUCUUACAAAAUCAACCGGUUUAUAGGUAUGUGAAUGGCAAGAUGAGGGAAAAAGGCGUAGUGGGUGUGUGGGAGUUUAAUAAGGAGCAGGAAAUACUAACAGUCUUCUCACUGUCAGAUCAGCAAGCCGUCCAAGCCGCUCACCUCUUAAAGGAAUCUGUCAUCGAAACCCCAGUAAACGUGAAAGAAGAAUCGAGGUCUUUACUGACAUCAGGAGAAUGGCAGAGCAAAUCUAACGAGAUUGAGGGACAAGGAGAGGGAUUAAUUAAGAUUGCGACUAAUGCAGCCCAGAAUACAAUAAUUAUUCUGUGUACAGACAAAUGGGAAGGAUUAUGUCGAGAAUUCGUGGAAGAUUUUAUAGAAGCAAACACAGUAUAUGAGGAGACACUUAAAUUAGAGCCUGGUAUGAUGAGAUAUAUACAAAUGAAUUAUGCAGAGGCCAUUGAUAAAGUUGAUAAAGAUCUUCAACAGGAAAAGGGAGCAGCAAAAAUCGACAACACUGGUAUACUGAUAAGGGGAACUCGUACAGGAUUAAAUAAAGGUAAAUUCACCAUCAGCAAAAUAGUGCAAGGUGUGACGAAACAAUCACAUACAAUAAGCAAACCAGGCAUCAGGAAACACGUGGACUCACAACAAGGGCAGGACAAACUUCGAACAGUGGAGCGUAACCAAGACGUUGUGAUUGGUAUCAGUGAUGAGAGUGCAUCCGAUGAGGAUGUGGACAUCUCCAAACUGAGGACAGGGGUGAUGAGACAAGAACUAGCAGUGUGUGUGACUUCUGCAGGAAAGAAAAUCUCGGCGAUGGUGGUGGAUAUGAUGGAGUUGGGCGUUGACGUGAUUGUGAACCCAGCUAAUAAAGACAUGAGGCAUAUUGGAGGUGUGGCCAAGAUUAUUGUGGAGAAAGGAGGACGGUCUAUUCAGGAGGAGUGUAAUGACUAUGUCAGAAAGAAAGGUCGCUUAAUGGAGGGCCAGGUCUUCCUCAGCACUGCCGGGAAUUUAAAAUGUAAAGGUGUGGUGCAUGCAGUGGGUCCAGUCUGGCAGAAUGGGACCAAUCAGGAGGAGGAAUAUCUCCGAGAGGCGGUGUUCAAAAGUCUGGAGAUCACGUCAGAGAAGAGAUUUACGUCCAUAGCGUUCCCAGCUCUGUGUACGGGGGUGUUCGGAUAUCCAAUGCGCGAGGCCACCAGGGUGGUCGUGGUUGCUGUGAGAGAUUUCUUUAAAGAGAAUUCUGGAUCGUCUGUUGAUACUGUGUGUUUAUGUGAUGUGAAGGAAGACACAGUGCAGGGAUUUGUCAGUGCCAUGAAGAGGGAGAUGAAAAAUGUGAAAAUCAAGUCUGGUGGCUCAGAGAGUACUUCUAGUAAAUGGAAGACAUCAACAAAAGCACAUGAAGUGAAGUCUUUCAAACCUUCUCCUGUUGAAGCCGGUAAUAUUACAAUUCGUGUUGUCACAGAUCAAAUUGCUCAACAACAGGUUGAUGUAAUCGUGAAUACGACGUCAAAGGAUCUCAAGUUAGGAAAUGGUGCAGUGUCGGCCUCUCUGUUGAAAGCGGGGGGACGGACUUUACAGCAGGAGUGUGACCAGAACUACCCCAAUGGCAUCCAACAUGGAGAGAUAGCAGUGACAUCUGGUGGUAACCUUAGUUGUCAAUUCAUCUGUCAUGGGUCACUGCCUGGAUGGGAUCAACAGGGUCAAGCACUGAAGAUUUUAAGGACUUUCUUGAAAAAGUGUUUGGACCACGUAGACAAGAAUAGAUUGUCAUCCGUGGCAUUCCCUGCUAUGGGAACAGGAAACCUUGGAUACCCCAAGGCUACUGUAGCCCUUGAAAUGUUUGAUGCCGUCAAUGAUUUUGGCUCUAACAACCCCUCAACUACCAUCCGUGAUGUCAGAUUUGUAUUGUAUGAAAAGGACACGGAAACCAUCAAGGCAUUCAUGACAGAAGAAAAAAAGCAGGGAGGAGGAAGUGGUCGUCAUGGAAGACAGUUUGGGACCAGUUCUCAUUACCAUUCAACUCCAAUGUCUAGUGGUUCCAUGGCAUUGGAUAUAGCACCGGAUGUCACAGAUCAAGGUUUUAAGCAAAACCCCAUGAAUCCUAGAUAUCCGUACCCUGGAUUUCAAGGACCGUAUGGGUUAAGACAGGAGGAGAAUAGUGAUCCGUUAUUUGGUGUUGAAAGAUUGGAUGCUUAUCAGAGAUUGGACCGACCGUAUACUAAGCCCAAAUUUGAUUUGUCAUCAGAAACCUUUGAAACCAAUACUUAUCCACCUCGACAAUUUACAUCUGUUACUACAACUCCACCGACUUUUCCAGUUCCAACUCAGCGAUUCAAACCUGUUACUACAACUCCAUCGACUUUUCCAGUUCCAACUCAGCGAUUUAAACCUGUCACUAGAACUCCAUCGCCUUUAUUCGGAAGGUCAAAAUCUGUUUCUACAAUGGCUCUUAAAAAACUUCGUCUGCAGAAAAUUCAUUCUUUUCCCGGAAUCAAAAGUGAAUCAGGUGACUGGUUGGAAGAUAGUAUUAUGGACAAGGCUAUGAGUAUAGUGAAGAAACACUUCCCACACAUACUAGGGCUGCAGGAGACUUGUGUGGCGUCAGUCACAGGCCAGCAUGGACUGAAUCAACACUCAUCCAAGUUUUUACAGAUCGUCAACACGAAAGGCAAUCACUGGAUUCUGUUAUCCAAUAUUGGAUGGGACCACCACCAUGUUCGUGUGUUUGACAGUUGCUACAGAAAGUUGAACCCUGAUACUAGAAGUUGUAUCGUGUCGCUGGUACCUGCAAAUCAAAAUUUGAUCAAAGUUCUGAUGCCAGCCUAUCAGAGGCAGGAAAACAAGUCUGAUUGUGGGCUGUUUGCUGUGGCGGCCAUGUUUGCUCUUGCUCUAGGCAAUGAUCCAUCAAAGUGCUACUGGGAUUCUAAGAAAAUGAGAUCGUUUUUGAAUAUCUGUCUGCAGAGCGAGUCUUGCCAGAUGUUUCCAUCCAGCCAAACUCGUGUGAAACAACUUCGAGAGAAAGAAUAUGAUAUUGAAGUCUGUCGAAGCUGCUGCAGGUUUCCCAGUGAUAAUGCCAUGCUGAGGCUCUGUUCUAACUGCCAAACAGGGUCAAUCAAGAUGGAUGAAAACAUGUUUUAGGGAAAGUUUUUGCAAAUUGUUAAGUUCAUACAAGACAUUUCUGACAUUUUUUUCUAAAAUUAUAUUUUCAUCUCCUCUGAAGGUGAAGAGUUCUUGUAUAAUUUCCAAGAAGUGUUUUGAUUAAAUAGGAUGUAAGUAGAUUGUACCCGAAAUGUCACUAAAAAUAAUACAUUACUGAGAAACAUCGCACAUGUCUUUAACCCCCUAAGGCAGUCACUGAAUUCUGUUAUCGACCAUCAAUAUUAGAGUCUUUGACAGCCACUAUAGAAAAUCUGGCAUCUGAUACUGCACCUGGACUAUGACACACGUCAGAAAUAAUCACAGAAGACACUGUAUAAGACUAAUGUUGCUCAUCAGUUUCUUUCUUUGGUUGAUCGGCUUGAAAAAUUGCAAUACUUUGUUAGCUUCACAUGGUCAAAGGUCAAGAGUGAAACUGAACAUAGUAAUAUAUUGUCUCCUUUUUAUUUUGAGAAUCAUUUGCUUGAUUUACACCAGACUUUGUAAACUGGUACAUCGUAAGGAUUAGAUGAAUCCUAUUGAUUUUUGGGUUCACAUGGUCAAAGGUCAAGGGUCAAACUGGUCAUAGUAAUAUAUUGUCUCCUCUGUAUUUUGAGAAUCAUUUGCUUGAUUGACACCAAACUCAGGGUGUCAAGUUCCUAUUUAUUCCUAUAAUUUCCUAUAAACUUGUUGGUUCCUAUAUUUUCCCUUUAAGUCAUUAAAAUCCCUAUAAAGUCCUAUACAUCCAAAAAAGUGACAGUCCUAUUUUCAAAAAUGAUAAAAAAAAAAACCCAAAAAAAACCCAACCAAAAUCCAGGAGUUGAUAUGCUAGAUUAAUAUUUGAUUAGAUUGUUAUGAAGAGAAUAACUAUGAUGAUUGUAUAAGAACUGUCUGUUGGAUGAAAAACUGUCCACAUCUGAAAGGAUUUUGUCUUUGUUUAUGUUUAAUAUUAUUUCUUCUCCAGUAAGAUACUUUGCUAGAAUUUUAUGCAGAAACAAUGAACUUUUAUAUGAAUUCUUUGAUAAAAACCCGAUUUAUUCCUAUAAAUCUGCUGUAAAAAUCCCUAUAUUUGCCCUAUAAACUGCAAACAAAAUUCCUAUAAUCCUACAUUUUUUAGACCAAAAGUGGCUUGACACCCUGCAAACUUCGUACACUGGUACAUUCUAAGGAGUAGAUGACCCCUAUUGAUUUUGAGGUCACAUGGUCAAGGGUCAAUCCACUCUGGUCAUGGGUAGAUAUUUUCUUCUCAAUAUCUUGAAUUGUUUUAGAUCUACUAUCAAUUAAAUGAUACUUGUGUAUAACCCUUUUUAAUUUUGCACCAUUAAGGGCAUACAUGUUCCUGAAAGAUUUCUUGUCUGUCAGAAUUCCCAUUCAUUAAAAUAGACAUACUAUAUUAAUCAAGAUUCAUAUGUGCAUUGUUUACAACUGCAGCGCAUUCAUGAGGAAAUGGUCAACAUUACAAUUGGUAAAGAUACCAAAGGCAAAAAUAUUGGUUUUGUAAAUAUAAUCACCCGAAUGUAUUGCAAAUUUUGCUAAUUUUUAUGAAUUAUUUCAUUUGAUAUCGUCAUCUGUUACGAGUGAUUUUGUUUUGAAUGGUGAUUCUCAAUAAUGAACCAGUGAUGUGAUGAGUUUUUUUUAUACUCCUGACUCUAUGACCUUAGCCUUUCACAAAUUGUCAUUAUUGGGCUAGGCAUCAUUCCAAGUUUCAUCUUUACUAUCUAAGGAUUUUCUGAUCGCUCUGCACUAGGGUUCUACUCCCCAGAGCAGAGUGGACCUAAUUCCCCUUGGCUGUAGUGAGGAUGUCCAUGCAUUGCUAUCACUAGCUGUACAACACACCUUUGUCUACAUUUUACGUACAGAUUUUCCUGCGGUUAUAUACUACUUUACUGUUGUAGAUGGUUGUACUUGAGUCACUGUGACCAUUUUGUAGGCAUUUUUUGUGUACUUUAUAUUUUCUACUUAUACUGUGUUAAAUAGAAAUAUCAUACAUCUGCUUUAUAAAUCUGUGAUAUACCCCCAACACAACUUUCAUUUAUAUUGUUUUGAUGUACCUUGUGAUGAUUUGGGUGCUUGCUGCUCUUGGUGAUGCACUGUUGCUAUUGGUGACAAAUUGUUGCUGUUGUCGACAAACUGUUGCUAUUGGUGAUACACUAUUAUGGUGUUUUGUUUCAUACUUUUCUUCAUUAAAUGUUUUUUAUGCUUGG